AUGGAGUGGGUGUUCAUCAUGAACCGGAUGAGCUCUCAGGGUAGCUCUGCCACCCAGCGGAGGAGGAUGGUGCUGGGGGUGGUGAUACUCCUGCUGGUGGAUGUCAUCUGGGUAGCGUCCUCUGAGCUCACGUCGGUAAGGACUUAAAAAUAGUAAACUGGUUUUCAUACCUGCUCUAAAAGAUACUCUAUAGAUGACUCAAUUGUACUUAAAUAAGGAAAGAGAGAAAGGACUGGAGUGAAUUAAACUGUUCCGGGAUCAGUGGACAGUAAUUUAAACUUAUAUAACCAAGUUUUUUCUUCAGUUUUCUUUGAUUCUCAACCAACAAAUCAUGAAUAACUGAAUACAGUAGAAAGUGAUCUUUUAUGAACCUGGGCUCUGGUUUUACAUGUUUUUGUGAUGUAAAAAAACCCACAGCACUUGUUUUUGUAACUUACAGGCUUUGGUUGUUGUGCAAAAACAACUACAGAAAGAUCCCCUUAGAAUCAAACCUGUUUUACCGAAGGGUUAGUUGCUCUUUCUAAAGCAUUGAUACUCCAAUGAAUAAAGGAACCCUCCACCUUACAGAGAAGCUUUGAAAAAGAUGUUUCCAGUUCGCUCUGUUAUUGUUUGGAUCCUGUCUGUUAUGUUCGACACUCAGAAAAGCUAUCUUAACCUGUGGGGGACAAAAACAAGCACUUAAAACUGAAAGUUUUCUUUUUUGAUCGGUUGUGUUUUUCUUGCUGAGGAUUAAAUCAAAACCAUUCUAGCAAUGUAGCAGCUGACGGCUGAGGCGAUUUAGUAAAUCCGUAAUGAUCCUAACCUACGAGUCAUUUACACACCAAAACAGGCAGAAGUAGAGCACCACUACUUUUACCAUCACUGGAUUUCCUGUUUACUGCUAAAUCUUUAAAACCAUAGAUAGAUUCAAACAUUUUCAUAGAUACAGGGUACGGUAUAGAAGAGGUUUGAUGUAAAUAACCAGAGGACAACAGAACCAAAAACUUAGUCAAUAAGGUAUCAGAACAAGUAAAGGAACAGCCACACAAAGAGUCAUCAGCCACCAAAUCCAAAACAAAGUGAAGUGAAGAACACUUGGAUCCCUCUAGAGAGUGGCAGGGUUGAACUGUCAAGUGUCAUUUAGAGAGUACAUAUAAUCUGUUUAUCUCCAACUCGACCAACUUGAAAUGCAAAACAAACAAGAGUGCAUGACAUAUAGACGUAGCUUGAAACACAUUUAAAGAGUUCAGACCUGCAAAAGCAAACCUGAAUGAAAACAUGUUAAUGAGCUGAUUAUGAAGUGUUGGAUUAACGGCCUCCUCCUCCUCCUCCUCCUCCUCGUGUUUUUCUCACAGUACAUCUUCAAGCGACAGGAGUACAACAAACCCUUCUUCAGCACAUUCACAAAGACCUCCAUGUUUGUCCUCUAUCUGCUGGGUUUCCUGCUGUGGCGGCCUUGGAGGCAGCAGUGCACGGGCACUCUGAAACGACGGCACUCUGCGUUUGUAAGUAGUUAAAGCACGUUGUCACCACAUGGGGGCAGUGUGUUUAAAUGUUUCUGUAUCAAAUAUGAGUGACAUUUCACAUCCCUAAUGCAACAAAAUCACACAAAAGUGAUUUCUGUUCAGUUUGAUGACUUUGCUUUUGAAAAAGAAUAAAUGAAGGAGUUCGUAGGAAACCACAGAAAUCAUAAAAUGACUCAUAUUUUCAAAUCAGUCUUGACAUCUGAUGGUACGACCAAAUCACCAUGCCUAAACUUUAAUCAAUAAAUAAAGUUUAUUUGUUUCAAAGGAGGCUACAAGAUUAAAACUUCAGUGAAAUAAAUCCUGUUAUUUUCAGUUAUUGAGCCGCUUAAGUUGAAGAAAAUGAAAUGAGAAUUGGAUUUUAGUUUUGGGGGUUUGCGAAGAAGCCAAUUUACUCCCAACAGCAGAAGCAUGACUCAGAUUUCUUGUUUUUGGCGAACAAGCUGACAGUUUAAAACGCUUCUUUCUCCAGUUUGCUGAUGCUGAGGCCUACUUUGCACCCUGCAACACUGAAAGCACAGUGAACCACCGAUUGGUAAGUGGCUGAAAUGAGAAAAAAACUCCUCUCAGGAAAGUAUUGUGAAGUUUUGACUAUCUGCAAGUCUUGCAGUUGUCAUGGGUACGACUCUUCAUCAGCUUUAAUAAUCCGACAUUCUCUUUCACUCACACUCAGAGUGAGCCGCUGUACGUCCCAGUGAAGUUCCAGGAUGUUCCUGCUGAACAGUCAAACUGUUUAAUCGAAGGCUGCAAAUCGAGUGAGUGCAAAGUUAAAGAAAUAACAUGAAGCAUAUUUGAUUUUAUGAACUAACUGUCUACCUCAGACCCCAAGAUUGGGCUGAAGUGCUCAAACUUUGACAGAUAUAAAUGAGAUACUGAAUAACAAAGGAGUGGCAGGAUUGGGAAGAGAUCAGAACAUCAUUAAAGGACAAAAAAAUACACAAUUUAACAAGAGGGAACUCUGCGUGACCUUUAGUCGACCGUCAGACUGAGUUUUCCUUUUUCCUCCUCUUUCAUGAACCCAUCCUGAUAAGAACAAACGAUCAAAAAGACUUCUAUCUGCCCUGCCCCAGUUUUAGGCUAUUUCACAGAGGAAUGGAAAUCUGAUUAUUUCUUGCAGUUCUUUAUAGAGAUGCUGUUCAGGAAAAAUGUCACUGAGCUGAGUUUGCAGACCUGGCAGAAAAGCAGUGAGCCUCUAAAAUUAAAAUCCACGGGCGGAUAAAAAAAGUUUAUUAAACGGGUUCUGUCUUUCAAAGAUAAGGAAUCUGUAUGGAGGAUGAAAAUAACGUAAAUAAUGAUUUUUCUCAAAGUGAUUGUGUUUGUUUGUUUUUCUCCCACCCAGCAGCAGCUUCCAAAAAGCAGCGUGUGCGCUUCAGUAACAUCAUGGAGGUGCGUCAGCUCCCCUCCACUCAGGCUUUCGAGGCCAAACUGUCCCGCAUGUCGUACCCGGCUGCUAAGGACCAUGAGGCCAUGCUGCGCACGGUGGGCAAGCUGACCAUCACCGAUGUGGCUAAAAUCAGCUUCUUCUUCUGCUUCGUGGUGAGUGGAGUCAGCUCUUCGUUUACUAAUCUUGAUGCAUUUUGCUGCAGCUGUUUGUGUAAAGAGUUUGCUGUGGGUGUGUAAGAGCAGAAAACGAAGCCUGAUGAGCUUUAAAGACUGAACGACAUUAAUCAUGCUGUCAUUCUAGUGAUGAACCGUUUUUAAUUAGUAACUCGUCCUCUCUGGGCGCAAUAAAUAACCUCAGAGACAUAUUAAAGCAGAGUCUGUGACAUAAGUCCAAAUAUGAUCACUGUAACAUCUGAAGUCUUAAGAGAUUAAAAAUAUUGAAGUGUGGUUGUUGGAUCGUCACAAUAACACGUUUGAUUUCAUAUUCUUCUUCGCUCUGGUCCUGUGAGGAUCUCUCAGGUAUUGAUUUUGUGCCUUUUUGAUAAAUUAACGUUCAAUGUAAACCUGAAACUCUGACUUUAACACCGCGCUGCAGAGUCAGAUCCUGAUACAUUACAAAUAAGACGUGGAAGAAGUUUCUGGUUUUUAGCCGCUCUUUUGUGGUUGUAUUGUCUUUGACUGAAACACAACAACAGCUCUUGAGGCAUCUGCUUGACUCCAGAUCUUAAUUAUAUUAACAAGUAUAUCAUUAAUAUUUGAGGGGAAAUGUGAAUGACUUGUGUUGUUGAUGCUAAUGUGCUCUUCACAUGAAAAGGCUGUUUUGGCAGACUGUUGAGAGUUUUCUUCCAGCUCUGCAGAAACUGAAUCUGCAGCCACUUGUGUGCAGCUCAUCCUGAUUAAAGCCGCUAUAGGGAGUUUUUUAAUGUUUAUGAAAUAGGCUUAAACUGAGACAUACUCACAUAAUUGUUAACAUCCUGGUACAUGGGUGUAUGUUUUAGUGUGCUGGGAGGGGUCUUUGUUUAAAGCACUUUUUGAGGAGUUACUGACCUGAUUGACUCGAUUAACCCUGACCACUAAUUUGGCCUUUACAUAAAACUUGGUUAACAUUCCCUCCAGACACAGGAGACCUUUAAAUAAGAGUCACUUCCUCCUUUUCCUGCAUAAUGUCAUUACAAACCAGAGCCUCAGAGACUGAGCGCUGUGUUCAAUAAAGCAGGUCAGAUGGUAUUUCCUUCAGGAUUGAAGGUGCUGUUGUGUUUUUAACAGUCGGUCAGCUCUCUGUAGAAACGAUCACAUGAAUCUGCUUUUUGUUGUUUUUCUUCCAGUGGUUCCUGGCGAACCUGUCCUAUCAGGAAGCUCUGUCAGACACACAGGUUGCUAUUGUCAACAUCCUUUCAUCGACGUCAGGUGAUCCUCUCUCACAGCACACAUUCAGAAUAACACUUUUCAGCCUCAUGUCUCGACUUCUGUACCCAGACUGGUUUUAGGACAAAUGUGUCUUUGUCCGUUACCUUGCCAAUAAUUCACUCGCAGCUCUGGGUCUGGUCUGUUUGUUUGGUUUGUGUCUGAUUCACCUCUGCUCUGCCUCUUUUUUCCUCAUUCUCCAGGCCUGUUUACUCUCGUCCUAGCGGCGAUAUUUCCCAGCAACAGCAGCGACCGCUUCACCUUGUCCAAACUGUUGGCUGUGGCCCUGAGGUGAGAGCUGAAUGAGAGUGUUUGCAAUUAAGCGUUACAUUUUAUUCUCUGAUAUGUAGUCCUCUCCUAUUACUCUGAUUUAAGUGUGUUUCCACCAAAUCCAACUUUUAACUCUUUGCUGCAUACCAGAGCACCUUACACUAAUCAGAGUCUGACCCAGAUGUUAGUCUUCUGUCAAAGUAGCCGGAGAUAAGCAGCAAAAGAAUUUAACAAUAGAGCGACUCAUUUACUCACCGAGUCAAACACAUAAAACACAAAGUAUUUCUGUGUCACUAAUUCUCUUAUUUCGGAUAUUUCACCUCUGUUAGAGUUCAGACAAACAUGUAACAGGAUAUUUACUGACCAGAACAGCUGUUUAUGUCUCAUGUUUGGUUAAAAGAUUAAAACACACUCAGAGGAAGACCUCAGUACAUACCAUAUGAACAUUUGAAGACACUCCAGUAAAUGUUGAUGCAAAAUAAUAAUGCUUGUGAUUAAGGCUUAAACCUGCUUUUAAUCUGCUCAUAAGAACAAGCAGAACUCUGAAACUAAAUAAUAGACAGCUAUUACAUAUACCUGUGAGACUGUGAGAAAUAUUACCGUAUUUUUCGCACUAUAAGGCGCACCAUCAAUGAACGCGUCUAUCCGCGUCUAUUUUCAUACAUAAGGCGCACCGGAUUAUAAAGCGCAUUAAGCCAAACAAAACAGUUAGAUAAGUCAGACUUUAUUUAACUCAUUCAGUAACUUUAUGAGGCUACGGUAGCGGCAAUGCUCGGACAAGCCGAAAGGAUUUUCAGUUCGCCUUAUUGUGCGAAAAAUACAGUAUAUUCAUUUUUUUUUUUGUACAGAAUUAUUCUAAAUGAAAAUGUCUUGUAUGUAAAUUUAGGAAAAUAGAAAAACUUUUCAGAUUAAAAAAAGCCACAUCUAUCCUGUAGAACCAAAACAACCAAGACUUUUAUUUCAGUGCAAAAUUUACCGGACUUAACCUGGAUUGUUUUUUUUCUCUGAGAGUCUCUGACACGAUUCAAACUCCUGUCACCUGUAAAAAAAUUAAAAAGCCACACACAUCCUUUUCUCAGCCUUAGUCACACAUUGGUACAUAAAAAAGCCUCUUCACCUGUACCCUCCUGUGCGUGAUACCCAUAAACGUUAAAAAUAAGUUAUUUUUAUAUGAAGCUGUACUAACAGAUAAUUAGGAUAACCUGAACCCUCGCUUAAUACCUUGUAUGUAAUGCAAUAACCACACUGAUACCAAAACAGAAAAAAUAAACCUCAAUGUUACACUUAAUGAAUAUAGAAAUUGCUUAUAUAUAAUUUUAAAGGACUGAUGAAGGUUUGGAUCGAAGCACUGAAAAGCUUUUACCACAAUGUACAUGCACAUCUCACCUAACACACACACAGACACACACAAGAAAAAACAGAUUAUUAUUUAUAAUAUAAAUACUACAAACACUUUACUGGAACAUACAGGUGCAGCUGAAAAAUAACUUCUAAACCAUAAAGUCCUGUUCACCUGUCCCAGUGCGCUCGUAUCAUCUUAUGUUUCAUCUCUCUGGUGCAGCAUGGGAGGUGUGGCCCUCGUCAGUUUCUCCAGCAUGGACAACCCUGAUGGAAAAGGCGUAACAGGUAAACAACGAGACAGUGAGUGUGAGUAAUUGUGUGCGUGAUGAAACUUUCUAUCCAAAUGUGAUUCACUCGUAUAUUUCCGUGAAGGUUCUCUGUGGUCGCUGGCGGGGGCGAUGCUGUACGCCGUCUACAUCGUAAUGAUCAAGAGACGAGUGGAUCGGGAGGAUAAGCUGGACAUUCCCAUGUUUUUCGGUAAGCACAGCGUGUUUCCCUUCAUGAAGUUGUCUCUGCGGUUGGCAGGAGGAGUCUGCGGAGCUGUCUGAGUCUGAGUUUAUGCUCGUCUCUCAGGGUUUGUGGGUCUGUUCAACCUGCUGCUGCUGUGGCCCGGCUUCCUCCUGCUCCACUACACGGGCUUUGAGGCCUUUGAGCUUCCCAGCCAGCUGGUGUGGACUUACAUCCUCAUCAACGGCCUCAUAGGGACCGUUCUGUCAGAGUUCCUGUGGCUUUGGUGAGUGUCUCAUUUCUGGUACCGCAUCCUCCCAAUUCACAUUUUGUUUAUAAAGACCUCUGAUUCUUUCGUCUGUUUCGUUUUGUAAUCUAAACUCACUGUGUGGUUACUUUGGUCGUCUUAAUCUGCGGAAUCUGCUCCAGUAUCGAUUCAGUCACUGAUGAUGAUGCUCUUCCUCUCCACAGGGGCUGUUUCCUCACAUCGUCUCUAAUCGGAACUCUGGCGUUAAGCCUCACCAUCCCGCUCUCUAUCCUCGCAGACAUUUGCAUGCAGAAGGCAAGUUUGUAACCCCAGGUGCUCGACAACCAGAGCUGGAGUUUGAAAUAGGAAUCAAGAUUACGUUUAUCUCUUCAGCAAGACAACACUUUUAGGAGAGGCUGCUAAGAUAAAGAGUCUGGACGUGUUAAGAGAGAGAAUACAGACACUCUUAGUGUUUGCUCUGAUUGGGUGCAUUUCACUUCUUAUUAAGUUUUCUGCAAUGAAUCCAGAAUUUAUGGAAUAUACUGUGUAUGUAGACUACAUCUAUUUAAGUUAUUUUAUCGCCUACCUUGUCCGAAUAUAAGGCAAGCGUGAAAAUAACUUUCAUGUUAGGUCAUUUUCAGCUCCGACAUCUGACUUCAAAUGCAGCAUUAGACACUAAAAUAUGUGAAAAAUAAAGAUUGUUUUUGAAUUAAUGUACUUUCGAUCAAAAAUUAAUCAAAUUUUUCACUUGGAUUUACUUUUUAUUUUCGUAUUUUUUCUUUCUUAGGUACGUUUCUCGUGGCUCUUUUUCGCCGGGGCUGUCCCCGUCUUUCUCUCCUUCUUCAUCGCCACACUUUUAUGUCACUACAACAACUGGGACCCUGUGCUGGUGGGACUGAGAAGAGUAUACGUCUUCAUAUGCAGAAAACAUCGGCUCCACAGGUACGCACCAUAGACUGUAUAAAGAAUGUACGGAGUCUGGGUGAAGCCACUCUGAGAACAGCGCCCUCUGUUGAUGGGCUGCAGUAUAGGUCAUAAAUCCCGCCUCCGCCAGCAAAGCUUAUGAAGCUGUGGACAAACUUCAGAAAUUUAUCACACAGAAUAUAAAUUUUUCUCCCCUCUGCUUCUGGGUCUUUUUUUUUUUCCCCCACAGUCUCUCAUGUUAAAUUUUUAAAGUUCCUGUCAGUCGACUUCUCUGGUGGCUGUGAUGAUUUCACAUAUCUGUCCCUAAAACCAUCAGGAAUUAAAAAAAAAACAAACCUUGUAAUGACUCAUCUAAUUAGCAACCCAACCUCCUGAGGCCAACAGUGGAGCGGUGGAAUAGUGACAAGGACUCCAUCCGAGGGGAGUUUGUCUUCACCAUUUCCAGAGAGAGAAAGAGAAAUUAAGUUGAAUCUCACUUAUUAAGAAAGUCAUCUCCCAGCACGCCAAAGCUGCGUGAUUCUCCAUCGCUGCUUGCAACCUUGUCUGUCACGAGCGAGUUUGUUUGAGUCAGAGCAGUUUAAUAAACAAAAAUGUGCUUAUCAAGUAAUAUGAGGCAAUAAAAAUCACUUUUUCAUGCCUCAGAUGAGUGAAGUGGCUCUACAAACAGCCACUUUGAAGCUGGAGCUAUCUCAUCUGAUGCAUCUCGUGACUCCAUCCCCACAUAAGAGCAGCGUAUCCGGGGGUCUCUUCUUCAGACGGGUUGUUUGUCACAUUGAGUCAUUUUCCAGCAGACUGCCUGACUAACGUUAAAAUGUGGUUACUAUGGUAUUUGUGACGCAACUGUAAAAAGGGUGCAAACAGACACGCACACUUAACGGGGGAGAUUCUGCCUCCAUGAACUCAAGUGGAAGUUAGUUCUGCACACACACACACACACACACACACACACUCAUGCACGCACAGUCACACACAUUUGGACCGGGCUGAGUUCAUUUACUCUCACAAAAAGGAAGGCGUUUCCGAUUAAAUGUGGAAAUAUAGCGAACAGUUUUCAGUCCAGGAGUUUAAAAGUUAUAAUGUGGCGUGUGACCUAUUAAAAUGAAUCGACCUUCCAACUCUUUUUUUUUUCCUGACUUUCCCACAAGGACGGCAGAGUCCAUUUGUCGCUCUCAGCCUCGCUAAGUUAAGUCUGUAAUCAGAUGCACAUGCUCGACUGACAACCCUCGCUGUGGCAGUUAUCGCUCCAUUCUUCUGCGAAUGCUUGUUCUCAUUUGGUGAAGGAUGAUUACAAUAAUGAUGCUCGUGGAGAUGAUGACAGUGAUGAUGAUUGACACUCUGUUUCCUGCGCACGCACACACACUCACAGGCAGCCAGAUGACAGCGAGCAGUGCGAGAGCCUUAUCCCUCUACAGACCGUCUCCCCCAGUGAAGGAAGCUUCUGCUCCUGA